UCCAAACAAACAGUGAGGAAAAUUGUGUGGAGUAGGCGGCGAUGCAAAAACGUUCGCAUGUCGGGCAUUAAAAUAAACCUUCAAAAUGAAGAAAGACACGCCGGAACCUACGCCACGACCAUUUAAACUAGCGCAUCAAAUCCUCAGCCUGACGGGUAUCAGCUUCGAGCGGAAAAGUAUUAUCGGCUUCGUGGAGCUGCUGAUCGUUCCGACGAGCGAUUGGCUGCCGGUGAUCCGGCUGAACUGUCGCCAGUGUCGCAUCUAUCGCGUCAUCCUCGACGACAGCUAUGAGGCGGAAAUCCAUUACUUCGACCCAUUUCAGGACAUAUGCCAGGGUGAAACGAAAAACAAAUCGCUGGAGUUCUUCUCCAAAUCGCACCUCGAUGUGGCGCGCCAUUCGGACCCGGACCAGAACAAGGGUGAGCUGGUGAUUGUGGUGCCGGAGGAAGCGAAGCAUUUGAUUUCCGAGGGACGCGGCAUACGGAUUGGGAUUGAGUUUUCGCUCGAAGAUCCACCGGGCGGUGUGCAUUUCGUUAUACCGGAGGGUGAGGGAACGAUGGAGGAGCGGGCGGCACACAUGUUUACGUACGGGCAUGAAAACUCGUCCCGCAUGUGGUUCCCGUGCAUCGACAGCUACGCGGAACCGUGCACCUGGAAGCUUGAGUUUACGGUGGACAAAACGAUGACGGCGGUUUCGUGUGGCGAGUUGGUCGAGGUAGUCAUGACACCGGAUUUGCAGCGCAAAACGUACCACUACGUUGUGUCGGUGCCGGUGUGUGCACCGAACAUUGCGCUAGCGGUCGGACCGUUUGAAAUCUACGUUGAUCCGCACAUGCACGAGGUGACACACUUUUGUCUGCCGCAGCUAUUGCCGUUGCUGAAAAAUACGGUGCGCUUUUUGCACGAAGCGUUCGAGUUCUAUGAGGAAGCGUUAUCGACGCGGUACCCGUUCUCCUGCUACAAACAGGUGUUUGUGGACGAGAUCGACAACGAAUGUAAUGCGUACGCCACGAUGACGAUUCUGUCCACGCAUCUGCUCCAUUCGAUCGCUAUCAUCGACCAGACGUUCUACUCGCGCAAAGUAAUGUCGAAAGCGAUCGCCGAGCAAUUCUUCGGAUGUUUCAUCACGAUGGAAAACUGGUCGGAUGCGUGGUUGGCACGCGGAAUAGCCGAGUAUCUGUGUGGGUUGAACUCGAAAAAGUGUUUCGGUAACAAUGCGUACCGUGCGUGGAUCCGGUCCGAGCUGGACGAGGUGGUACGGUACGAGGAGAAGUACGGCGGGAUCAUACUGGACUGCAGUCAACCACCGGCACCGCCGGCCGUGUCGAGCAUCAACAAUUCACCGGCAGCUCCGCAGAAGGCGUACAACGACAAUCCGUUCUACUUCCCCAUCAAGAACCUGCACACCAUGUCACCGAAGUACAUUGAGAUGAUGCGUAAGAAAUCGCACCUGGUCAUCCGGAUGUUGGAGCAUCGUAUUGGGCAGGAAUUGCUGCUGCAGGUGUUUAACAAACAGCUCGCACUUGCCUCGAAUGCGGCGGGCACAAAGAUCGGCAGUGGACUGUGGGGCCACCUGUUGAUUUCGACGAAUGUGUUCACGAAAGCGAUCUUCACCGUCACCGGUAAGGAUAUGGCGGUGUUUAUUGACCAGUGGGUACGAACCGGGGGGCAUGCCAAGUUUACCAUGACCUCCGUGUUCAACUCGAAGCGUAACACGAUCGAGCUGGAGAUCAGGCAGGAUUGUGUGAAUCAGCGUGGUGUGCGGAAGUACGUUGGACCGCUGUUGAUUCAGCUGCAGGAACUGGACGGUACGUUUAAGCACACGCUACAGAUCGAGAACAUUAUCGUAAAGUCGGACAUUACGUGCCAUUCGAAGAGUCGGCGCAAUAAGAAGAAAAAGAUUCCGCUCUGUACUGGCGAGGAGGUGGAUAUGGACCUUUCUCCCAUGGCGGAAUCUCCCGUCCUGUGGAUACGGCUCGAUCCGGAAAUGACGCUGCUCCGCUCGGUCAACAUUGAGCAGCCCGAUUUCCAGUGGCAGUUCCAGCUACGCCACGAACGCGACGUUACGGCCCAGCUCGAAGCGAUCAAAGCGCUGGAAAAGUACGCCACACCUCAAACCCGUCUCGCCCUUACCGAUACGAUCGAAAACGAUCGUGUGUUUUACGAGGUGCGCUGUCAGGCUGCAACGUGUCUUACGAAGGUCGCAAACGCGAUGGUUACCUCCUGGCAGGGUCCACCAGCUAUGUUGACAAUUUUCAAGAAGUUUUUCGGCUCGUUCAGUGCACCGCACAUCAUCCGGCAGAAUAAUUUUACCAACCUGCACCAUUACUUCCUGCAGAAGACAAUCCCGGUAGCGAUGGCGGGGCUGCGAACGGCGCAUGGCAUCUGUCCACCGGAAGUGAUUCGCUUUUUGCUCGAUCUCUUCAAGUACAACGAUAAUUCGAAAAAUCACUACUCGGACAACUACUACCGGGCGGCAUUGGUUGAGGCGCUUGGCAAUACGAUCACGCCAGUUAUUUCGGUGGUGCAUCAAGGACGAGCGCUUUCCUCCGAAAGUUUAUCACAAGAUGCCAAGCUCGUUCUAGAGGAAGUAACACGGAUUUUAAAUCUGGAGAAGCAUUUACCGUCGUUCAAGUACACCGUAUCGAUUGCCUGCCUGAAGGUGAUCCGCAAGCUGCAAAAGUGCGGCCAUUUACCGACGAACCCUAAGAUCUAUCGCAGCUAUGCCGCGUACGGACAGUACAUCGAUGUGCGUCUGGCCGCUAUGGAGUGUUUGGUGGAUUACGUGAAGAUUGAUGGCCGCUGGGAAGAUCUGGAGCAUUUGAUGGAGCUGCUUGAAACGGAUCCCGAUCCGAUGGCUAGACAUCAGCUCGGUCGGUACAUGAUCGAUGCGCUGCCGUUCGAUAAAUCUAACCGCAAUCGGCUGGAUCGGGAGGCACUAGCUCUCCGUAUAUGGGAAAACAUGAACUCGAAGCUAUCGCACGAUACACGCCUGCGUUGUGAUAUGGUCGAUCUCUACUACACGCUGUACGGUGUCCGCAUGCCGGCCUGUCUCUCCAACCAAGAGCUGAGCGCGAUUUUACGACCCCAGAAAAGUUCGUCAGGGUUCUACUCGGAUCGCACCAGCCGACGCAGCUCGCCAACAGCAGAUGACGUACCCCUUACUCCUUACGCGAUGAAGCGCAAUCGUUCUCUCACACCGGAACAACCCGACAUCAAGGAAUCGUUCGACAUGAUCGAAGUGGGUGACACGAAGGUUAUGAUACCGCGAAGCCGGGACGGUUCCCCGUACGACGAUGCGGAAAGUCGUGCCCGGGAGGAAGAGGACAACGAGCGAGUGGCACGGGAAAAUCAGCGCAUCAUCGAAACGGUCGAGGCGAGCAUCAAGAAGGAGGCUGGUGAAUCUGCCCACAAGCCGAACGAACCGGUAAAGGAGGAAAUAAUCGAUCUGGACGAUACUGAAACACCGACCAGUGCGGUCGAUAAGGAUCCGCCGGCAAAGAAGAUAAAGGCAGAGUUCUACUCGGACAACUCCAUCUCGCUGCCGGGCAUCAGUAUGGGCGGUUCGAAGAGUGCCGGUCCAACCGGGUUCGAACCGGGCAUGUUUGCAAAGACGGGCGUGUUUAACGAAUCGUCUUCGCAGCCCGACGUUAACAGCACCAAGUCAGAUAGCAGCAAGAAAAAGAAAAAGAAGGAUAAGAAGAAGCAUAAGCACAAGCACAAACACAAGCACAACAAGGACAAGGACCGGGAGCGUGAUCGGGACAAGGACAAGGACCGGGAACGAGACAAAAGUAAGGAAAAGAAGGAUCCUAACAUUGUGCGGGUGGUGCGGGAGGACACACAGGAGACGCUCAGCUCGGCAGAUAGUUCCAGCCGGGACAGUAAUCCAACGACGCUAGAUAUAACGCUAUAGAUGAACUUUAUAAUACUUUUCUUAGUUUAAGAACGAUUGAUGAAUAUAAUUUCUGUCUCGUAUAAGUAU